UUACGAUCCCCGCCAGUCCAGGAGGAUGCGAAAGCAUUGGAUGAGACUGGGCCUGCGCAUGCGCCGAGCACAAAUCGUGAAAGUGCUGGCAUUGAGCAUCUGUUCCUUAACAAUCGUCUGCUUCAUCUUGCCUUCCCGCCAACAUUCCGACCUAAGCCCGCAUUUUCCCAAUUUUCGGAAUAUCCCCAAGCAAGUCAUGAAGGUAACGGACUGGGUGCAGAGAUCUACAAGGUCCGGAAGUCGACGAACCAGACGUGUGUGCAUCCUGACCUCGACCCCUUCGAGCCAUCCAUCAUGCAGUUUUACCAGCUGAAGCCGCACGUGGACUGCAGUGCUGCCAUGGACGACUGGGUGUACACCACCAACGGCACAUUUCGCAUCUCGCAGCGAGCUCGUCGUCUGCACGGAAAAAUCACGUGCGAGUACGCUCCGUUGGUGCGUGUCGACGACUUCUCUGCACGGCACGCGCCGCACAUCAAACCCAUGAUGGACGGCGCGCCGCUGCAGACGGACUUCUUCAAGGUGGCUUGUGUGUCGGCAGCGGCCGGCGACAUGAACAUCCACUCGGGUGUGGCCUGGAAUAUGGAGCUCCUCUCUCGGCUGGAGCAGUUCCAUACGAAGAAGACUGCUCCCAUGUCGUCUGCGACAAGCCUUCAAUCCUCACACUCCCCUCCGCCAUCUUCUUUCCAUUCUGCAUCCAUUUCACCAGGGGAUUCAGUGUCACACAAAGAAUCCUUGACAUCUGUUAGGUCUGCCAGUCUGCCAGGUCUCAACUUGAGUGUGUUUAUUUUUGGUUUCGACUCCAUGUCUCGGAUGUCCUGGAUUCGCCUUCUUCCGCGCACACGUCAGUACUUCCUGGAGACUCUUGGCGGCCUCGAACUUGAAGGGUACAACAUCGUUGGUGACGGGACUCCGGCUGCUUUGCUCCCCAUUCUGACAGGGCAUCAAGAGGAAGAGCUGCCAGAGGCCAGGCGAGGGGUGCCUGGGGCACAGCCAGUCGACGGACAUCCGUGGGUGUGGAAAGACUUCAAACGUCACGGUUACGUCACGGCUUAUGCGGAGGACAUGGCCAGCAUCGGAACAUUUGAACUGCGCAUGCUCGGCUUCAAAGAACAGCCUACCGACCACAACAUGAGGCUGUUCUACCUGGCGGCCGAGAGGAUGUACAAAAUAAUGUCCGUUUGCCUGGGUUCAACGCCCCGCCACCUCAACUUCAUGCACUGGUUCGAGGAGUUAUUCACCAGGUACAACCGUUAUCCAAAGUUUUUCUUUGGGUUUCAUUCCGAGUUGAGUCACGACUGCAACAAUCCCGUACAGUCUCUCGACAAGGACCUCACGCUGUUCCUUCGUCGUCUCGAGGAGAACGGUCACCUCAAUUCCACCAUCCUCAUUCUCAUGGCUGACCACGGGGCCAGGUUCUCUCACAUUCGAGCAACAACACAAGGGAAGCUAGAAGAGCGCAUGCCUUACUUUGCCUUCCGUUUCCCGCCAUGGGUCAAACAAGUUCAUCCUCAGCUCAUCCGCAACUUUGAGACAAACACUCAGAGGUUGACGACGCCGUUCGACAUUCACGAGACCCUGAUGGAGGUGCUGACCUACUCCGGGUCAGGGGUGGGGGACAUCUCCAAGAGAGCCAUCAGCCUCUUCAAGGAAAUCCCGGAACAUCGGAGCUGCAGCCAUGCUGGGGUGACUCCUCACUGGUGUGCCUGUCUGAAGUGGGACACACCCUUAAUAUGUCGGAUUCUACGGUGCUGUUGGCCGUGAAGUCGGCCAUAAGUGAGAUCAACUCGUACACAAAGUCCAACCGAAAGACAUGCGCACUGCUCCACCUGAGUCACGUGACUCGCGCAGCGCGCUACACACCCAGCCUGGGAGAUUUUAUGGCAGAACAGUCUGUGUUGAAUUACAGA